CCGCUGUCGGAUUUUUACAUCAGAAAAUAUUUACCAGUUUUCUUCACAAACGAAGAAACAGUUUCAGACUUUGUGUUGUGCAAAAUAGAAUUUUAAAGUUAUACCUAUAACUAUUGUUAGUCACUUGAAAUGAGUAACAUUUAUAUACAGGAACCUCCUACAACCGGAAAGGUUCUGCUGAAAACUACAGUCGGCGACAUCGACAUUGAACUGUGGUCUCGGGAAUCUCCGUUAGCAUGCCGAAACUUCGUUCAGCUGUGCAUGGAAGGUUACUACAACGGGACGAUGUUCCAUAGAGUUGUACGGGGAUUCAUCGUACAAGGCGGUGACCCCAAUGGGGAUGGAACGGGCGGUGAAUCGAUAUACGGGCACCCGUUCAAGGAUGAGUUCCAUUCGCGGUUGCGCUUUGUGCGGCGAGGUUUAGUAGCAAUGGCUAACUCAGGCAAAAAUGACAAUGGAUCACAGUUCUUCUUCACGCUCGGUGCCACUCCCGAACUGCAGAACAUGCACACUCUGUUCGGGAAGGUCGGUGGGGACACGAUCUACAAUAUGCUGAAGCUAGAGGACGGCGAAGUUUAUGAGAAUGAGAGACCGCAUUUCCCACACAGGAUACUGAAGACGGAAAUUUUGCACAAUCCAUUUCCAGAUAUUGUCCCGAGAUUGCUGAAGUUGAAAAAAUCUUCCGAGGAUAAAAAAGAGAAAAAGAAAAAGGAGAAAGGUGUUAAAAAUUACGGGUUGCUUUCAUUCGGCGAUGAGGCUGAAGAAGAGGAGCAGGAAACAAAUCAGUUCGUUCAGAAGAAUAUUGUCGGCAAGGGGAAAAGUUCACAUGAUGCAUUGGACGAUCCCGGAUUAAGCAAACAAGCUGUCGAUGUGAAGGGGGAAGGAAGUAGUAAGGUUGAAAGGCGAGACGCUCGCAUUUCCGGUAAUGACUCGAGUUCAGAUAAUGAGUCUGCGUGUGGCGAUUCUCGGGACAAAGAAUUAAUCGAGCAAGAAGCCAGGAACAUCCGAGACAAAUUAAAACGAAAAAAGGAAGCUGUGAAACCAAUUCCAAAGGACAUAUCCUCCGAUUCCGAUUCGGACUUUGGAUUGGAUAGCGAGCGGAAGAAAGUCAAACAACAACAAGCAGCGAAAAUUCGGGAGCAGAUAAGCCAACUAAAAAAAGAUUAUCAAUCGGAUAAACGGAAGGAUAAAGUUAAGGUGCAGCAGGAUGAAGUUGGCAAAAAGAAAAAUGAAGCCAAAAGUGAAGUUAUGAAAGAAUUUCUUGCCGUUCAAGAGCAGUAUACGGAAAAGAAGAAACAGUUACCGAAAAAGGGAAGCUCUAGGGAAAAUUUUACUCUGCAGUUGUUAGAAAAAUUUAAGAAUAAGUUACAGAAUGUUCACGAGCAAGUUGACGAAACAGUGGCCAGUGGUAGUCAAACGGAAAUGGACGAAGAAGCAGACAUACAGAGCGACAAUUGGCUUUCACAUAGGUUGCAGUUCGAGAAAAACGAUCCCAUCCUAGCGAAGGAUGCUGUAACGAAGGACGACGGUUGGUACGAUGUGUACGACCCCCGGAACCCUCUGAAUAAGCGAAAGCGUGGUGAAAAAGUAGAUACAAAAGAAAAACCCCAAAAGUAAGACAAGUAUUGUAUGUUUA